AUGUUAGCACGUUUCUUUCCAGACUCAAGUUGCAAACAGUUUUUAACGAAUGAUGGGAUGCCCACGGUAGUGAAGGUGUUGGCCGAAAAUCAGAAUUGCCAGGAGUUACAAAAGUCCGCUUUAUGUGUUUUGCAAACGUACUUAGAGCAAACCAGAAUAACGAUUCCGGAGUGUAUGGAUGACGUCUUAAAAAAAUUACAGAUAGCGCCAGAAAACUUACUUCAAGUGGAAAAUGGAAAACAGAAUAUAGAAGGUGAAGGUGAAGUAGAUGUUACAAAUGUAGAGAAUGGGAGUAGUAAUGGUUGUGAAAGUAAUGUAGAAAACAGAGACAUAAUGCCAUCUGGACAAACUGAUAUGAUAGUUAACCGGAUUAAAGAUUUAACGAAUGAAGUCCGUUCUUUAAAAGAACUCUGUGCAUUUACAGUGGAACAAAAGUCAGUCAGUGACAAUCGAAUUGAUCGUUUAAUGGAUAUUAUGAACACUACAACGCGUUCUGGCGUGAUUUUUUGGAAUAAAGACGUUGACAGCAAUAAAGUAGAUACUUCAGUUAGCGAGACAGGUGUCACAUGUGAUGAGAUGAAGGAGAAAUUAAAUUCCACAGAUAGUAAUUCAAGAAACGACAGUCCUUGCAAUCAGAUUGUGAGUGAAGAUAUGCAGGGCGAAAAAAUUCAGAAUGGUGAUGUUGUAGGAUUGUCAGAACAAAGCGAAGCCUCCAAGACCAUUGACUAUAAUCAGGAUCAUCCAAAAGUGGAGGAUUUGGAAACUAACCCUGACCCAAAUUCCGAAAUUAUACCCAGUCAAAAGGAAUUGGAUGUAGAUACAAUUAGAUCUUCAUCUGACGUCUGUUCUGAAACCUGUAAUGGUGAUAGCAAUUGCGAAAAAGUUGCAAACAUUCGUUGUGGUGAAACUCCUAAAAAUCCGAAGACAGAAAUUAUCAACAGCAAAGCUAGCAAGAGGCCGUUCAUAACAACGGCCAACGAGAAAAGAAACAACGGAAAAAGUUCAAAACGACGGCUUCGACUGUCAGAAUCUGAUCAUGAAGAUUCUGCUUCCCCUGGUCAAGAAAUUCCUUCUGAAUCUCCAAUUGAUAAGUCUGUCGAUGUUGAUAUACCAGUACAUGACCUGAUAUUGAAAGCACCUUUCCCACCCAGGAAAAAAAGAAAGGAGCCUUUGUUGUUUGAACACAACAAAAAAGGGAUCUGCCGUAAAUGUCUGGGAUGUCGCGUGGACUUCGCUAAAGUAGACAGCCGUAAUUAUCUCAGUAGUAUACGACGUAGCAUCAACACGUGUACUGAACAUCGUUUGUUUGUUAUGGAAGUGGUAUCUGCUCUUCAAAGAUACAAAAAAAUUAAAGAAACAAAAAAACGGUCACCAGAUUUCGACUUCGUGUCGUCUCCAAAGGUUAACGUGCGCUGUGAAGGCUUCCCCAGAGAGAUAGCAAAGAGAGUAAAACCCGAUGAACAAAAGAACAGUUCAAGGCCCACCAAAAAACCUUUUACUGCACGCGAAAUUGAAAUUCUCAAAGAAGGCGUGGACAAAUACGGGCCGAGAUUCAGUAUCAUUGAGAGAUAUUGCGAGUUUAGUACGAGAAGGUCUGCAAAAACGUUGAAACAGAAAUACACAAGUUUAAUGCAGGCUACUUGCUAUAAGCCAAAGAAACGAUGUCCGUUCACUGUCCAAGAAGAGGAAAACCUCAAGGAAGGCGUUUCUAAAUAUGGCUUUCAAUGGAAAAAGAUUUUGAAUCAUUACAGUUUUAUGCCGCAAAGGACUCCGCAAAACCUGAAAGACAAAUGGCGAAAUAUGUUAAAAUGAGGAUAAAAUAUUUCCUAGG